AUGGGGAAAAAGGCGGUGUUGAUCGGAUGUAACUACACCGGAACAAAGGCAGAGCUCAAAGGAUGUGUGAAUGAUGUCAAGAGAAUGCAUCGGUCCCUAAUCGACCGUUAUGGCUUCGCAGAAGGUGACAUCAAGGUACUUAUCGAUGCGGACGAGUCAUAUACCCAACCCACGGGCCGUAACAUCCGCCAAGCGCUUUCGGAUCUUAUUAGCUCGGCUGACUCAGGGGACAUCCUUUUUGUUCAUUAUAGCGGCCAUGGCACUCGACUUCCAGCCGAGACCGGUGAAGAUGAUGAUACCGGUUAUGAUGAAUGCAUUGUGCCUUGUGAUAUGAAUCUCAUUACUGAUGAUGACUUCAGGGAGCUCGUAGACAAAGUACCUCAAGGAUGCACAAUAACCAUCGUAUCUGAUUCAUGCCAUAGUGGUGGACUUAUAGAUCAAGCUAAGGAGCAAAUUGGCGAAAGCUUCAACGACGAUUCCGAAAACAAACAAGACAAUCCCGACCAACCAGGUUUCGUCGGCAACAUCAUCCAAAAGACCGGUGACGCAUUAAAGUCUGCAUUCCAGCGCGAAGAUGGUGGCGAUGACGUCGAGGGCACCACCGUCGAAAAUCGCUCGUUGCCUCUGGAAACCCUCGUGGAUAUCCUAAAACAAAAAACCGGCAAUAACGAUAUAACUGUUGGCAAUGUACGACCAACUUUGUUUGAUAUGUUCGGUGAAGAUUCGAGUCCGAAGGUGAAGAAGUUCAUGAAGGUCCUCUUAGACAGCUUCAAUAGCAUUGUCGGGGGUGGCGGUGAUAGUGCUGUUGGUGGCGGUGAUGGCAGCGGCGGAGACAGUGGUGGUGGUGGUUUUAUGGGGAUGGUGAAUGGUUUGGCUCAACAAUUUUUGAAGCAGAAGUUGGAGAGCAACGCGGAGUAUGGAAAACCGGCAAUGGAAACGGAGGUUGGAAGCAAGCAAGAAGCAUAUGCGGGAUCAAAGCAAAAGAAGCUGCCGGAAAAUGGGAUUUUGAUUAGUGGUUGUCAGACGGAUCAGACGUCGGCGGAUGCGACUAAGUCGGCUGAAUCAUAUGGUGCACUAAGCCAUACAAUUCAAACAAUUUUGGAGGAGUUGGAUGGGAAGGUUAUAAGUAAUCGUGAGAUUGUUGUCAAGGCUAGGAAUAUGUUGAAGAGUCAAGGGUUUAAGCAACGACCAGGGCUUUAUUGUGAGGAUAAACAUGCUGAUGCCCCUUUCAUUUGUUCUGCAUAAUGUUGUUAACUUAUAAUCCAA